AUGCAUUUCCGCUUUUUGAAUGGCAUGGACUGCCCGGAUUGGCUGCUGGCAGAAAUGGCCGAAUUUUCGCAUUUGAGCGCCCUGAAAUUCAAGACUCUCUGCACGAUUGCCUCUCUCUCACUUCAAGAGGGAAGAAAGGAGAUGAACGAAGCGGAAACGGCGAAAUAUACCGGACAGGGAGGAGUUGCAAAAGAAGCCGCCCUGCGCCUCUUUUUCACGGUCCGACUCGUUUUGGAGAAAGCGGCCAAAGCAGGAUGUUCAUCAAAGGAUCUGGGCAUGGAAUUGGAACAGCUGGGAGUGCCUUCAGAACACGCCAAUCAACUCUCCAAGGUCUACGCUGGAUGCUACGAGAAGCUACGGGCUAAACUGCUAGCUGAGGCUCCAAAAGAACCAUCCCUCCAUAUCGAUCGCGUCUAUGAAGAUGGAAGCCAUGUAAAUCUGGAGUCUACGGUGGAUGGGAAGACAGAAAAACGGACUUUAAAGAUGGCCCCGCCCCUUUUCUCGUUCCUAUUGACCGAACUCGACCGUGCUGCAAAAAGAAUCGAUGCCUACGAACGGCAACCGGAAAAAACGGAACCGGAAUCG